CCAUUAGCAGAAUCGAGCCAAGAGAUGGGUGGUCCACCGUACGAUUGCCUGAGCAACCCACUAGGAGCCGUCCGAUUCGCCUUCGAGAAGGCGAUGGCGUCGGGCUCCCAUCCCUCCGCCUUCGGCGGCAAGGACUGGGGCGCUCUCGACCUCUUCCGCCACUUUCUUUCCGAACAAUCCGCCCUCUCCCAGGUUCCAAUUCUUAAUCCUCAGACUAUCAGAUUGGUUCAACCCAACACUCUUGUUCGGUAUCGGGGAAUGAUACAGGACAUGUUGGGAAAUGAAUUUUAUGUCGGUGCUUACAAGGAUGGGUCGUCAUGGAGGACAAACAAAUUUGCGGAUGUCUCUCAAUUCCCCAUGUGCUCUUCCCCUGAUAUGUGCGUUUGGGAACGCCGGCUGCUGUACUGUGUUCCGGUUCCAGGACAGAGUUCUUGGACUAAAUCUUCAUAUCAACCACAAUUAAAUCAAGGCAUGGAGUCGUCAUCCCAAAAAAAAGAGAAGCGCAGGAGACUUGAUGUUGAAGACAUGGAUAGGAUAACUGAUGAUGAAUUAGAAACCUCUCCAUCAGCUAAAAAGAUGAGAGAAGGAGAUUGUUUCCCUUCUUCAGAGUUUAGGGCUUCAGUACCUGAGGGCAAUUUUCCCCGUACAUGUACUUUCCUGGAUGUUGACAAAGAUUCCCUUCCUUGUCUAGUAAAGAUCUAUGAUUCUCCAGAGUCAGAGUUGAAGCUGAAUGAUAUUUUUGAGUUUAUUGGGGUCCUCACCUUUGAUUCUGAAUCUGAAGCUGCGACAAAUGAUUAUGAUGAGGUUUCAAACAGUUUUUCUGAUGAUGAAUUGGUCCAGUUGCCUCCUAACAAGGUUCCACGGCUACAUUGUCUUAUACACAGGAAGCUUGCAGUUCACGACUUUCUGCAAAGUUCUCCAAUAUUGGAGGUAAACCCUCAUAUAGUGAAAGAGAUAAGGGAAGCUUUGUUGAGGCAUCUUACGGCUGUUCUGGGUGAUGAUGGAAUAGCAGCUCAUUUUGUUUUGUUGCAUCUUCUAUCCAGGGUGCAUAAUAGAGUGGAUGAUGUUGCUGUGGGAAAACUUUCAUUAAAUCUCAUUGGCUUAAGCAAAGAAAGUGUCUCUGUGUUCGGCACUCGUCUCAGCAACGUUGUUGAAAGUCUUCUUCCAUUCACACAUUGUUUACCACUUAAGCUGGAGGAUCUUAAUGCUGCCUCGCUUGCUCCAAAAAAGGAUUAUCAAAUUAACAGAUUGAGGCCUGGAGUUCUGCAGAUUCCAGAGGGUUCACAUUUAGUUAUUGAUGAAACCCAACUUAAAGCAGGAUCACUCGAUGCUGUUGGUGUUGAGAAUGCAAGGUUGCUGAAAAAUCUAACGGAGUUCCAAAAGGUUGAGUACGACUUUCAGUAUUACAAGUUGGAAAUGGCAGCUGACAUCCAAUUACUUAUUUUCUCUGAUGGGAAAUCAAAUAUCCUUCCUGCUGAUAUAGUUAUACCUUUUCAACCUUCUUCUGUGGGUUCCUAUAAAGAAGUGGCCACAGAAGCGCUGGAGGCUUGGAGAUGGUAUUUGGCUACCGUUAGAUCUUUACCACAUUCAAUUGAGUCAGAUAUGCAGAAGGUUGUAGAAGAUGACAUGGUUGCUGCAAGGCAAGCAGAUCAAAGCUUAGGCAGCCAAGAUUUUAGCCGAUGGUUGACAAUGGGCCGUCUAAUGUCUUCGAGUUUUGGCGAAACCUCCCUGUCGAUGGAACACUGGCAAAUGGUGAAGGAGUUGGAGAGGCUGCGAAGAGAGAGACUCAAGUUGAAGUAACUUUUUGUAACUAAAAGUAGCUUUUCUACUUGUUAGAUGGUUUUUAUUGUACAUGUGUCGACUUGUCCAUGAAACUCUCGCAAUGCAAGCAAUCAAGCAGGAUACAAUGCCAAUAUUUGUCAUGGAGAAAACUCAAUUUCCAAAGUUUCCACAUUAUUCACUGUUGCAACAAAUUCAACCUGAUAGG